AUGGGAUCCCCGAUCUCCGGCUACCUGGCUGAGGCGGUACUACAGGAACUGGAAACUCGUGUAUUUCGGUCCUACAAGCAAAAAUUCUGGAUGCGCUAUGUGGACGAUACCUUUGUCGUCCUACACCGAGAUGCGAAGGAGGCCUUCAGAGGAGAAUUAAACUCCAUCUUCCCACAAAUCCAAUUCACAAUGGAGGAAGAAAAGGACGGAACGCUCUCUUUCCUCGACGUGCGGGUAACGAGGCAGGAAGAUGGAACCCUCCAGACCGGUGUUUUCCGAAAAGCUACAAACACAGAGAAAAUACUCCACUACAACAGCAACCAUCCGCUGUCGCAUAAACGCAGUUGCGUCCGGACACUUUUCCGCCGCAUCAACACGCACUGCAGCACAGAGGCCGAGAAGCUACAAGAGCGUGCAUCCCUGUGGCACCUCUUCCUUGUCAAUGGAUACCCACGUAGCUUCGUAAACAAAUGUCUGUUCCAAAGACACACAAAGACUGAAGGUGAGGCGAACCAAAAACCUGAGGUACUCCGUGUCUUGCCCUACAUGAGGAACGUCUCUGAGGCCACUGAGCGUAUGCUUAGACCACUUAACGUGGGCGUUGGACACCGACCGGAAGCCACCAUCCGCCGAUUAGUCAUGCAGCCAAAGGGUAGGCUGCCCCCUGAGGACAUGUCCGGUGUCAUUUACCGCGUCAACUGCCUAGACUGUCAGGCCAACUAUUGCGGCAUGACAAACAAACGACUUAAAACGCGCAUACAUGAGCACACCUUAGCCGUCAAGCGGAAAGAUGCGCGCUCACACGUCGCCAUGCACAGUCUGGAAAAUGACCACCGGUUUGACUUUGACGGCGCCCAAGUGCUCGGCCGAGCGGAAAACAGACUGGCGCGAGAAAUAAUCGAGGCCUGGAAAACAGACACCAACUCCAUCAACCGCUGCGUCGAACUACCGGCACCAUACGAGGCCGCCAAACACCACCUACGCACCAGGGGAGGCCCAAUGAGGAUAGAAGUUGACGGCCCUAUCAGGCGAGAGCCAGAGGGACCUAUUUAA